AUGAAUGCGACGUCCGUUGCAUCAUCGGGCCAAAUGUUUUCCCCAUUCAGCCAGAAGACGCAGGGCUCGUCGCAGGCUUUCAAUCCUUUCGCUCCUCGGCCGACCGGUGAAGGAGCAUCAUUUGGCAGUGAUGGUGCAGGCGGAUCCAACUCACUCAACAAGAGUAAGCGGAAGAAUGGAUUUGGAGGAGACAGCGAUGUGGAGAAGAAGCUCAACGUCAACAAUCCGUUCAAGGGCAAGGAUGGGAGCCUGAGCGACAGCGGGAGGCAAUGGAAGAAGCGAGGUGGAGAGGGAGAGAAGAAGCCGGCAGAAAACAAAAAGAAUUCCAAAAAGGCACGCGGUGGUACAAAAGGGCCGCAGCAGAAUACCGAUGGCCGCAGCAACGGUGUGCAGGCUGCCACAAGCGCCGAGGACGAAAACACAUCACGCCCCAGUUCGUCUUCGAGUGCGAGCUCCAUCGACGAAACGCUCGACAAUGCAGCUAUGCGCGCUACCGACCCGUACUCGAAGAAAGUAUACGACCGACUGCGGAAGGAUGGCAUCAGUCCUCCAUCUUGGCCAUCUCAGCCUGGAAAUCCAAACAGCAAGACAGAGAUGGCCAAGUUUAGAGAAAAAUACGAAGAAUAUCGACAGAAAGUGCGCGCGUCUCUCACCAAAGCCUCUCUUAUCGACGACCCGGACAAACGAAAGACUCUCGAAAAUGCCAUCACCUUCCGAGGUAUUUGCGAAGAUAUGUGCUCCGAGUACGAGAAGAUCACGCGAAUCACCGAAUUGGAUGUUCCCCAACCCGAAAAGGAUGCACGAACAGGCUAUGCCAAGACGAGUAAAAUGGUCAAGAAGCUGGCGCGUUCGGCUGCUGGACAGGAAGCUCCUCUCCCGAUGGAUGUCCGCUCUACGGCUGCCCUACGACGUACUCUGGAUUAUCUGAUUGACGACCUACUUCGCGACGACGAAAACUUGCCCGGUUUACACGGAUUUCUGUGGGAUCGAACGCGAGCUAUCCGACGAGAUUUUACCUUCUUCUCCUCUCCUACGGCCGACGAUUUGAAAACGCAAGCAUAUGUACUGGAAAAUAUUGCGAGGUUUCAUGUCACGGCACUACAUCUUCUGUCACAGCCAGGAAAGGCUGGUGAAGACUUUGUCGAACAGCAGGAACUCGAGCAACUUGGCAAAGCUCUGCUUUCUCUCCGAGAUUUGUACGAUGAUUGUAAUGCUCAGGGGAUUACGUGUGAAAACGAAGCCGAGUUCCGCGCAUACUAUCUGCUCUUCCAUGCCCACGAUUCCAAUACGGUUGAGAUGCUGCAGCGGCAAUGGAAACCACACUUCUGGAGGGAUUCAGACGAUAUAAGGACCGCAGUAUCACUCGUUGAAGCAUUGCAAAACACCGCCGAUUUUCAUGGCCCAUUAAAGGCAGCCCCAUUUUUAGCGGCGUCGAAUGCUUUCCACUCAUUCUUUCGAAUUGUCGAGGACCCCAGUGUCUCAUAUACCAUGGCUUGUUUUGCGGAGUGUCAUUUUCCCCAGCUUCGCCGGUCAAUUCUGCGGGCUGUGAAGCGAGCAUUAGCCCGGCCCAAAGACACGGCAAACGACUUGACGGCUGCCGCUUUGAACAAGUUUCUUCGAUUCGAUACAGUUCAAGAAGCCAUCGACUUUGCGAAACUUCAUGGCAUCGAAUUCGUCCCAGAUAAGCAGGCACCUAUGGACCCUAACCAACAAUGCUUGAUUUUGAAUAACAAGGAGCCACUUCGACACCCUCGUCUUCACCAUCAAUUCUCACAGACUCUCGUGGAAAAAAAGCGGCGAAAUCGGCCUUUACCAGAUGUUAUGCAUAAAACAAUCUACGAGGACUCGACCACGUCUUUCCAAUCCGGCAGCUUCUCUACACAAGAAGGAUCUCUCAAGCCGACUUUGGGUUCUACAUCUUCUGCUUUGCCUUCUGGCAAUGCACCUACGACGGCCAACCCUUUCGCAUCUGCUCUCACGUCAAGCAACGCUUCUCAGAAUCCACCCGCACUACCAUCAAUCUUGGGUGGAAGCACGGCUGUUAAUCCUGUUAAUCCUUUUGCACAAGCAGCGCCAACCCCUUCACCAAGUUUUUCGGGUUUUCAAAGCAAGCCACCAUCUCAACCGCAAACUCAGCCAUCUGCAAGUCAAGGCGGCUUUCCGUCAUUUUCUCCGCCAGCGGCUGUGAAUGGAAUUGCCCCCCCACCAAAGAUUUCCUUUGCUGGACUCGGAGAGCAAAAGCCUGCCUCUGCCUUAUCAGGGCCAUUUGGUGGGAACAAAGCACCUAUAUUCCCCCCAGCUGCGGAUACAGCCAAGGAAGAGACAACCCAGUCUAAGCCUAGCUUUUUUGCUUCUCCAUCGCCAGCUUUUGCUUCGGCAAGCACGAGCAAACCGACGGCCUCUGCAGGGGUGCCAGCAAUUACGCCUUUCUCAAAUUUGACGGGAACAACUAGUAACAGCAUAUUAUCCUCUGAUCUAGGCUCAAAACCGCUGUUACCCACUCAGAGCCAGUCUCCAUUGUAUGCGGGCAAUAAGCCAUCACCAUUCCCGCCAGUUGGUGACAACCUUGACUUCUUGUUGUCAGGCACACUUGACAAAGAAGUGCCCAAGGGUGCAAUAUCUACUACACCGGUUUCUGACUCUCUGCUGGGACUAAAGCCUAAAACGGCCGAAGAAUCAGCUCUCUUGCGCCCUGGCACUUUGCAGAGUCCUUCUUCCGGUUUCCCAGGACUUGGUUCACCAACAACUAGUCGCAAAUUUGAUCCGGCUGCCAGUACCACCCCGACCUCCUCUCCUCCUCGAAGUGCAAUCUUAUCUACUACUCCACUCUCCCCCGCUCCCCCAAGGCCAGUGACUUCACCGCGCGAUCUGCUAGGCGACUUCACAAAGUGGUUUGUGAAUGGAGACAAUGGGCUGAUGAAGGAAUUUGAGAUUUUCAUGGUAGAAAACAUUGUACGAGAAACUUUUGACAAAUUUCAAAAGGAUGAGAAGGAGAGAAUGGCCAGAGAGAAAGAGGAGCAAGACGAAGCGGAAGCUAAGAGAUUCCGGAUAUACAACCUCUCUCUGAAAUAUUUUUACCGGUGGAAGAAAACUGCUCGGGAGAGGCGUCUAAGGCAGCUGCGUCAAAGUGGACGCGACCAAUUCCGCGCGUUUCGCGAAGCUCAGAGAGCAGCACAGAUCAAGGAAGAGCAGGAGGCUACUCGACGAAUUGCCAGCCAAAAGGCAGAACUGGCUACUCUCAAUCGCCCUGAUGAGCUAGCGACAAUACUCAAGAAAAAUCGACAAAGUAAGAGGAAAGCAGAAGAAGCACUGUUUGCGUCCGGCGUCUUAUCUGGUGUUGCCAACGAGAGGAGAGCGGUCUCAGCAAUCUUCCGCAACGAUUACCGACUAUCGCCUACCCCGUCGUCGAUUAAUGGGAGCCAGGGGAUUCGAUCUCGGUCCGGGUCGGUCGCAAGCACGGAGGGUGGUUCGAAAACACGGGCUUUGCGCGAACGACUGUUAGGGGAAAAGCCCGGGCGAUUUCAGCGUUCUCUGCCUUCUGUAUCAGCAGGUAGCUCACCACCGGAGAAAUCACGCGUAAGCAAAGUCUCUGAGCGCUGGCGAUUGAAAGCUAUGGGCAUCGUACAGAUGCCUGACGGAACUGCCUUGCCGGAAUCCAUGGUGGACGAUAUCAAACGCGGUCUCAAGAAGGAUACAGGUUUCAGAGGAAAGAGUACAUUGAUCCGACGGGCGUCAAUCACCAGCGCAGCAUCAACGAUAGCAGCAGCGGCGGUGCGGCCGCAAAGCCCUAUGACAUUCACAUCCUCUCGAGAAGACCCCUUUCUAGAUAGCCCAUUGACCAUCAAUAACAAGAGGAAGCGAUCCGUGGGAGAUGCGGGGGAGACGGCCAAAGAGCAAGUCGAAGAUACGGAUUCACACAAGCGCGUCAUGAGCGACGCGGAUAUUUUAAUACAGGAACUUAGGGCGAUGCGUCAGGAGAUGGAGGAGGGUACAACGUGGUUCAAAUCACAAAACGGAAAGCUGCAAAGCGAUAUAUUGAGCAGAGGGGGCACGCCUCUGGACGAAAGCAUCAUGUGA